CCUCCCGCGUUUCCGCUCCGCGGUGACGCGGCGUGCACGGCCCCGGCGUCAAGCGACGGCGACGACGACGAUGAUGAACUCGCCGUGAGAUGUUGGUCGUCUCGGCGUGAGAAGAUCUCGACGUGAGAUGACUGUGGCGUCGUUGCUGCUGCUGCUGCUGCCGCUGCAGCUGCUUCGGGGAGGCCCAGACACGGCUCACCGGCGGCUCAUCCACUCGACUCCCCAGGGACACCCCGGCGAGACGCACGCACCUGGCGGCACAGGUACGGGAAGCGCGCCUCGGGGUCACAGAUGUCACGGCGGCGUGCUGUACAGUUGUCCACUCUCCUCCUGCUCCUCCUCUCGUCGAGCUGCUGGUGCCGCCCGCCCCGCCACUUUCACCGCCACCACCACGUGACAAGAGUGUGCGAUAACCUCAAUCUCCUCAGCUGCUUCACCUCUGCGCUGCAGGUCCGACUCAACAAAUCCCUGGAAACUUACAAAGCAGCUCAGGGCCUCUUACACCAAUACCCGAACCUCAACAUACCCGUCAUGACCCUGCCGGGAGUUCCACUGCCAAACAUCAUCAAGGUGGCGGGGACGCACAUGGGCCCGAGGCCACGCGACCAGAUUUGCUGCCUCUACCGCACCUUGGCUGCCUUCCUGCAUCUCCUGGACGUCCUCGUCGAAGACCAACGCGGCUCAAGCGGCUCUGAGGCGGUCCGGAGCGACCUGCAAACGUUCAAGCGCGACCUCGUCCACCACGUGAACCUACUGCGCGUGGUCAGCGACCAGCUGGAGGAGUGGCGCUCCGAGGAGGCCCCCCACGGCCACCGCGAGGACAGGCGGCGGCGACGGGGCCUGCAGCUGCGCCGCCGCCGACGCGGCGGCCGCGCGCCCCUCCGACACGUUUCACGAGAUGGUCGGGGAUUUCGGCAAGAAGUUGCGUGGACUGCAAGUGAUCAACCAGCUGAGGAGUUGGCUGUCGAGGGGCCACAUGGAGCUGCGCGGUGCCUCGGUGGCCCACAAUUGCUCGGACGCCGCGCCCAGGCGGGUGACCGCGGGGCGACGGCGUUAGGCGCGGCGCGGGAUUUCUAGGCGACGGUUUGCGCAGCCGCUCGCGGAACUCGUCGCAAGAGACGUUUAGAAAUAUAAGCGUAAAACCGCCUUACCCCCGAAAAAAAUCUGCGGCCUUAACAAAAGCACGAGUAGUAAUAUCGUAGGCGACGUUUUGGGCAGAGCAGUUCGUGCGCAGCUGAGUUGGCCACGGGUGGUCAUCAUUUCUCACUGAAUAUAAAAACGAAUUCUGUUCAUUCGGAGCCACAGUGAGAGGUUUACGUGUUGUGCUGGGCGCCUAUUGUAUGUUUGUUACGGGUUCUGCCGUGUGAACGGCGUUGUGAUGGUCAACUCUUGAGUCGAUGUGCAGGGUGGCUCAGAUCUCACGUGACCUUUUGCUCAUCAUCAUCAUCAUCAUCAAAUAAGCAUCAUCACCUGUAGCAGCAUCGUCACAAACCAUAAUCAGCAAUAGCAGUAUCAUAUAUCUGGAUCACCAGCAUCGAUCAUAAUCAGCAAUGGCAGAACGAUCAUCAAGGUCAAUCAUCAGAAGCAGGAGUAUGAUCAUCAAUAUCAUCAUCAUCAGCAGCAGUAGCAACAGUGGCAGUACACAUCGUCAACAUCAUCAUCAUCAUCACACAGAGCCGCCUAGUCUGCGUUUGCCUCUCAAACGGUGGAGAUAUUGUUGGUGAUUGUAUUUCUACGGGUGCUGUUAUUUAUAUACGCAAAAUGAUUAUGAUGCGUUAUACGUCGUCGAUACACUCUGCUGCUCCUGACGCGGUUGUCUGGCGUGACCACCUGACUGUGACAUUGCAGUUAUUGUUGUUCUGCAUCUACAUGAGCCAUAUAUUGAUGGUGAGCUGGGUAUUUAUGUUGUAAGAGUCGUGCAUGCGAUGCUAAGAGACAAAUGACCAUACGUUCUGUACGAUGGUUGGCGGGGGGUGGGGCGGUUAAACCGAAGCAUUCCUACUUUUUAUAAAGAGAAUCAGGAUCAGGAUCUGUUUUUAUCCUGGAGGAAUCCGAUGAGGAACCCCACGAGCCACGAGGCUUUUUUUACAGAUGUCCAACAGGCAUCGUCCAUGAUUAUUUAUUGAACUUUGUAGGUAUCGCCGCAUUUUCUUUCCAUGAUCUCGACUUUAUUUAUAUAUAAUAUAUUUUUCACGAUUUCUAUUUAAUAUUUAUGUUUUUUUGGAGCUGCUGCGCGCAGACACGUGUGUAACUGGCGUGCAGCAACAUUAAAGAGACUUUGACAGCGCGCGCAUGGCGAUCGAUUGCAGCUUGUGUUCACGCAUUACCGGUCACAGUCGACUGAUCUAUCCAUGAGGGCCACACUCAGUCGUAGCACUCUUUGCCAGGAGGAUCCUGCCACUGCAUUGGGUUAUUUUAUAAAUAAAAAAAUUCAGCCAAUUAACGAGUUGUUUAUCAUGCCACGUGGGGAGCAAACUACAGCAGCCCUAGAAACCCAACGCCUUGCGCGAGGACGCAACACUCGAUCCCCGUAUAGAUGAAAAUAGAUGAGGUUGGUCUACUUGCUGUAACCGCUGCCUUCUGGCGAGCCUUGACGGCCAGGGCCGGAUUAAGGCGUGGGGGCUUUAGGGGCUGCAAGCCCAGGGGCCUCCUCCAGAUGGAGGGGCUUCCAGAGAUGAAGUGAAAAGUUCCUGGUUCUUUCGGUAAA